AUGGCGCGCCGAGGUGAGGACGAUGACCUCAGUCGUGCGCUGUCGCAAGACAACGUGGAGGAACAAGACUUGGAGAAGAAGGAUGAACCGUCACAGUUCCUGGAGGUUCCUCGAGACUUGAGAAGAGGUGGCCGUGGCAAGAGCGAGGACAGCACACCUUUGGAGAAGAUCGACUCCGUGGCUACGACCGCCACUGAGGCCAGUACUGCUGCUCCUGUUAAAUCGAGAGAACAGGAGAAAAGGCCAUGGCACCACAGAAUAAACCCGCUCCGAGGCAAGCCUCCCCCAGUACCCGAAGAGCGAACAGUGUCCCGGGAGUACACCGCCAGCUUUCUCAGCCUGUUGACUUUUCAAUGGAUGAACCCCCUCAUGACCACCGGGUACAAACGGACGGUCGAGUUGAACGACAUCUGGCUUGUCAAUCCCGACCGAAGCUCUGCUACUAUGAUCGAUCUCCUUAUGGCAUCUUUCAAACGACGGACUGCACGAGGAGAGCGAAGUCCACUGCUCUGGGCGCUCUUUGACACCUACCGAGGCGAGUUCUUGCUUGGCGGAUUGUGCGCUCUCUUCUCGGCUCUGUUCCAGGUUUUCUCUCCUUACACAACUCGAUAUCUCAUUCAGUUUGCUACGGACGCUUGGGUUGCACAAAAGACGGGCCAACCUGCUCCACAUAUCGGACGAGGCGUGGGCCUGGUGCUCGGUAUUACCUUUAUGCAGAUAUGUCAGUCGGUAUCCACCAAUCAUUUCAUCUAUCGCGGUAUGAUGGUCGGAGGACAGGCCAGAGCCGCCCUCAUCAACGCAAUUUUUGAGAAAUCUUUGGUCAUCUCCAGCCGCGCAAAGGCUGGUGGCAAAGCUCUGACGGAAGAAGAACCCUCCAACGAGACUGACGACACCCAGAGCGAAAAGGUCAGGGACCGCCCCCUCCUUUCUCGGGUACUCUCAAAGAAGCUGCACCCGAAAGGCGGUCCAAAGGUAACUCCAGAUAAAUCGACUGGUGUCGCUGGGGAUGGGACAGGCUGGAGUAACGCAAAGAUCGUCAACCUGAUGAGUGUUGAUACUUAUCGCGUGGAUCAGGCUUCCGGUUUGUUCCAUAUCAUGUGGACUUCCCCGGUUCAAGUCAUCGUCGUUCUCGUCGUGCUCUGUAUAAACCUUGGAUACAGUGCUCUUGCAGGGUAUGCUUUGCUGAUCAUCUCGCUUCCGCUGUUGACCAUGGCAAUAAAGUCGUUGCUGAUGCGCCGAAAGAAAAUCAACAAAGUGACUGACCAGCGUGUCACGCUCACACAAGAGAUUUUGGGCUCGGUACGGUUCGUCAAGUUUUUCGGUUGGGAGACAAGCUUCCUCGAUCGUCUCAAAGAACUUCGAAAACGAGAAAUCAGAGCUAUACAGAUAUUAUUGUCCAUCAGAAACGCCAUCAAUGCGGUUUCUAUGUCCAUGCCAGUCUUUGCCUCGAUGCUGGCUUUCAUCACAUACUCACUGUCGGACCACGGUCUGGCUCCCGCACGAGUGUUUUCUUCGCUUGCACUUUUCAAUUCAUUGCGAAUGCCACUCAAUCUGCUUCCGCUUGUCUUGGGUCAAGUCACCGAUGCACAGAAUUCUCUGCAGCGGAUCCAGGAGUUCCUCCUUUCCGAAGAACAGAAGGACCAGAUCACUUGGGACGAAGAUCUUGAGCAUGCGGUGGAAGUCGAACAUGCCUCAUUCACUUGGGAACGCACGGCAUCUCAAGACGAUGAAAAGCCCGGUACUUUCCAGACAAGAGGUCAACUUAUGGCCACGAAAAUGGCCGAGAAGAAGAAGAAGAAGGCCGACAAGAAGGCAGCAAAGGCAGCUAAAAAGAGCAAAACAUCACCUCUUGUAUCCAAAGAGGAUAUCGCAAGCGAGACUACCGAAGUCGAGCCUUUCAAAUUGCACGAUAUGUCCUUUACCGUUGGCCGGAACGAGCUACUGGCUGUAAUUGGCACUGUGGGUUCUGGCAAGACGUCGCUGCUUGCUGCAUUAGCAGGUGAUAUGAGGAAGACGGGCGGCAAAGUCAGAAUGGCCUCAACGCGAGCCUUCUGCCCACAAUAUGCCUGGAUUCAGAAUGCAACGUUAAAGGAUAACAUAUUGUUUGGUAAACCGUACAAGUCCAAGUGGUACAGAGAUGUGAUUGACGCCUGUGCUCUGCGACCCGAUCUCGAAAUUCUCCCUGCGGGUGAUCAAACUGAGAUUGGAGAGCGCGGUAUCACUCUUUCGGGUGGUCAAAAACAACGACUGAACAUCGCUCGCGCGAUCUACUUUGACGCCGACAUUGUCCUAAUGGACGAUCCCUUGUCUGCCGUCGAUGCUCACGUCGGACGUCACAUUAUGGACGAGGCAAUCUGUGGCUUGAUGAAAAACAAAUGUCGAAUUCUUGCCACUCAUCAGCUACAUGUCUUGUCUCGGUGCGACAGGAUCAUCUGGAUGGAGGAAGGCCACAUCCAGGCCAUCGACACCUUUGACAACUUAAUGGCUCACAGCGUUGACUUUCAGAAGCUGAUGGCAACGACUUCCCAGGAAGGUACUAAGGCCACAGGACCUGAAGAUGAAGGUGAAGAUGAAGAUGAAGAAAAAGGGGAGAAGAAGCCCGAAAAGAAGCUCAAGAAAGGAAAGGCUCUCAUGCAGCAAGAGGAGCGUGCAACCAGUUCCGUCACUUGGGGAGUAUGGAAAGCGUACAUCAAAGCCUCCGGCUCACCCAUAUUGUGGCCGUUAAUCUUCGUCUCCUUGGUCUUGUCUCAGGGGGCUAACAUUGCCACCAGCCUGUGGCUCAGUUGGUGGACUAGUAACAAGUUUGGCUACUCUGAAGGAGCAUACAUCGGGGUCUAUGCCGCUCUUGGCUGCUCUCAAGCGGUUCUCAUGUUCAUCUUCUCGACCAUCCUAUCCACCAGUGGGACGAAUGCUAGCAAGGCGUUGCUGCAAAAGGCCAUGACCCGAGUUCUACGUGCUCCCAUGUCCUUCUUUGAUACCACACCUCUCGGGCGCAUAACCAACCGGUUCUCGAAGGACGUCGACUCUAUGGACAACAAUCUGACAGAUGCCAUGAGGAUGUACUUCUUGACCUGUGCCAUGAUCACGUCGGUUUUCGCGCUGAUCAUUGCCUAUUUCCACUAUUUUGCAGUGGCCUUGGGGCCGCUCUUCGUCCUCUUCUUAUUUGCUUCCAGCUAUUACCGAGCAUCUGCACGAGAGGUCAAAAGGCACGAGGCAGUCUUACGAUCUACGGUGUUUGCACGAUUUUCAGAGUCCAUUUCUGGGACGGCAUCUAUCCGGGCAUAUGGUCUACAAAAGUAUUUCACCUCCCGGAUUCGGGAAGCUAUCGACGACAUGGAUUCCGCAUACUAUCUAACGUUUGCAAAUCAACGUUGGCUAUCCACACGACUGGACGCCAUCGGAAACGUUCUUGUCCUUGUCACGGGCAUUUUGGUCGUGACCGAUCGCUUCGACGUCAACCCGAGCAUAGCAGGCUUAGUUUUGUCCUACAUUUUGGCGAUUGUGCAAAUGAUCCAGUUCACAGUACGACAGCUAGCAGAAGUUGAGAACAACAUGAAUGCAACGGAGCGAUUGCACCAUUACGGGUCCGAGCUCGAUCAGGAAGCGCCUCUAAAACUUCGAGAUGUCCCGAAGUCGUGGCCAGACGCAGGGGCCAUCAGCUUCAGCAAAGUGGAAAUGCGAUACCGACCGGGCCUGCCGCUUGUGCUGAAGGGGUUGGAUUUCCGUGUCCGAGGCGGAGAAAGAAUCGGCAUCGUCGGUAGGACUGGGGCUGGAAAGUCAUCCAUCAUGUCUGCCCUUUUCCGGCUGACAGAACUUACGAGCGGUCAGAUCAGAAUCGACGACAUUGACAUUGCGACUGUGGGCCUGAACGAUUUACGGUCACGGCUGUCGAUCAUUCCUCAAGAUCCGACCCUGUUCCGUGGUACGGUCAGAUCUAAUUUGGACCCUUUCAAUGAACACGCAGAUCUCGAUCUUUGGGCAGCGUUACGCAAAGCCGGUCUGGUCGGCGAGGAUGCGACCAACGAAAAGGCAGACCGUCCUCAUACGGCCGAGACAGCUGUGACUUCGACUUCCAAUGGCAAUGAGCAGACGACAGGGUCAAGCCGCAUCCACCUUGACAGCACGGUGGAAGAAGAAGGACUGAAUUUCUCUCUCGGUCAAAGACAGUUGAUGGCUCUUGCGCGAGCUCUCGUUCGAAAUUCUCAAAUCAUUGUCUGCGACGAAGCCACCUCUUCGGUCGACUUUGAAACGGACGAGAAGAUUCAAAGGACCAUGAGAACGGGGUUUGCGGGCAAGACCCUUCUCUGCAUUGCCCAUCGUCUGAAGACCAUCAUCAACUAUGAUCGAAUCUGUGUGAUGGACCAAGGGCGAAUUGCCGAGCUUGAUACACCGAUCAACCUGUUUGAAGCCAAUGGGAUUUUCCGAAGCAUGUGCGACAAGAGCCGCAUCGUGAGGGAGGAUUUUUUCCGAGAGUCAUAG